AUGAACGUUUAAUCAAGCCACUUAUCUACAUUAUAAGAUUUCUAAAUAAUCUAAGAGUUAGGAUCUGGUUCUUUCAGCAAUGUUUACAAAGUAUUAAAAGCAUGAAUUAUUUUUAGGUUAAAAGGAUAGCAGAUGGAUAAGAAUAUGCUUUAAAAAAAGUGAAAAUAGCUAACUUAAAACCGAAGGAAAAAUAGAAUGCAUUAAACGAAGUCAGGUUUUUAUAUUCAAUAAAUGACAAACAUAUUGUUGCAUAUAAAGUAAGUUCUUUUUUUUUGAUUUUAAAAAGGAAGCAUUUAUAGAUGAACCAUCAUAAUGCUUAUGUAUAGUAAUGGAACUAUUGUCAGGUGGAGAUGUGUAUAAAAAGAUUUCUCAAGCAAGAGGUUCUACUCCCUUUUAGGAAAUGGAUAUAUGGAGAGCAUUGAUUCAUAUGACUUUAGGGUAUAUGAAUUAAAUAUAACUGAAAGAUUAAAGGCACUUCAUGAUUAAAAAGUAGUACAUAGAGAUUUAAAGUCUGCUAAUGUUUUUUUAUCUAGUGAUGGAACAUUCAAAUUAGGAGAUUUAAAUGUUUCUAAAGUUGCUAAAGGUGGCUUUGUAUAUACUUAAACAGGUACUCCAUAUUAUGCUAGUCCAGAAGUAUGGAGAGAUUAACCAUAUGAUAUGAAAAGUGAUAUCUGGUAAUCAGUAUUCUUAUAUUUUAAGGUCUCUUGGAUGUGUAGUAUAUGAAAUGUGUUGUCUUUAGACUCCUUUUAGAGCAAAAGAUAUGGAUGUGCUUUUUCAAAAGGUUUAAAGAGGAACAUAUGAUUAAAUACCUAAUCAUUUUUCAAGAGAUUUAUCAUAAAUAAUCUCAAGUUUAUUGAAAAUACAACCUAUUCAACGGCCUACUUGUGAUUAAAUACUUGCCAAUCCAAUAGUUUAAAAAUAUAUGAAAAAUUUAGAAACUAAUAUAGAAACAAAACCAAUUAAUAAAACAUUAAUGGAAACCAUUCAAUUUCCAAAUAAUUUUAAAUAAUUGAAAAACUAAUUACCUAAGGUAUUAAUUAUUAAAUAAAUUACAGUCAAACUAUGAUGAAGUCAAUCCGAAUAUCAGUGCAGAUAGAGUUUAAGAUAAUAAAUCUACAGAUAAAUCUACUAGUCCAUUUAGAUAUCCUUAAAGUUAAAAUCUUCCGAUUUCUGAAUCUAGAGUUAGUCAAAGUUAAGUUAAUGUAAUACAAGCAUAAUAAUAAUCUCCUUAAUAAAUUAAAAACAAUUCUAUUAUGGAUAAAAAUCAUAGUUCUGUUUAACAAUCUUAAGUAUAAGUUAGAUAAUCAUCAUUAAAUAAUAAAACAGAAAAGCCUUAGUCUGCUUAAAUAAAUUAAAGAUAAAAUCCAUAUGAGAGAGCUCAUGAAUUGAAAGAAUAAAGAGAAAGAGAAAUAAGACAAUAAAGAGAAAAAGAUUAAUUAUUAAGAGAUAAAAGAGAAAGAGAUGCUAGAGAUGCUAAACUUGCUAAAGAAGCUAAAGAAGCUAAAGAGGCUAAAGAGAAAUAAAUUUAAGAAGCUAAACUUAGAGAGAGCAGAGAAUAAUAAAGACUUUUAAUGGAAAAAUAAUAAAGAGAAUAACAUGAAUAAUAAUAAUAAUUUAGACGAGUAUCACCUAUAUCUGCUUAACCUAGAGAUUAUUCUUAUGCAAAUUAUAUUAAUUAAUAAUAACCUAGAAAUCAAAACUCUUAUUCUCCAAUCACCAGAUCAAUGGAACAAUAAAAUAUAUAAAUUGGAUAUAAGUAUUAAUUUAAUCUAUAUAUAGUGGUUAAAGAGCUAAUUAUGGAAAUUAAAUAUAACAAAGACCAAUUAAUAGCUAAUCUAUUAACAUUAAUUAAAAUUAUUCAAAUCAAUAUAACAGGCCCUAUCAUUAAGAAAUUUCAUAACAUAGACCUUCAUAAACUCCAUAAUCAGCUGCUCCUAGAUAAUAAUAUAGUCCUUAUUAAAAACCUAUUACUGAAAGGUAUCCUGCUCAUCCCUAAUCUGCUUUACCUUCUUCUAAUGUUAGGGAAUCUUAAAAAACUGAAAGGCCUUAAGUAUUCCCAACUUAAGCCAAAGUCAUUAAAUAAAGAUAAUCAGAUUAUAAUCAAAAAAAAGAAUUUUCAUCUCCCAAUUAAUAAGCUAUUAGACCUGCUGGAAAACCUUCAAGGCCUUAAUCAAAUAAUAUUUUUUAAUAAAAUGAUAGAAUUAUUAAGUCAGAGUCAAGACCUUAGAAUAACUUUAUUACAGGGAAUUAUAAUCACUAUUACCCUAUUGAUAAUUAUUAAAGGCAUGCCUCUGAUCAAAACUUAAUAAAAUAUUAGUAAAAAUUUACUCUAUUGUAGACUUCGUUAACAGGAUAGAUAAGUGUUACUACGACAAUAGAUUAAUAAUAGAAAAUACUGAGUUUUGAAUUAUAUUACUC